UGUUUGGCGCUGCCAUUUGAGCCUGGGCUGGAACUGCGGUUGUGAGGGCCGUGCUGGCUCCAGUGCUUGUUAGAGGGCGUGCGGGGCGGAGGCAUGAGGAUCAUUGCUUGGCUUCAGUGAACGCACCGGAAUGUGCGUGCCGUGCGCCCUGGGCAGGCGGAUGGGGGAAAGAACGAGCAGCCUGUGAGACGGCGUGACGGCGGCCACCAGCCCGGGCGGGGACCGGGACUGGAAGCGGCGCCCGAGCAGCCGGCUGGUCCGGCGGUCGGGCUGGGGCUGGGGGCCCGGGGGCUGAAAGACGAACGCCCAGCUGGGGCUGCUGGGGCGAGGAGAAGGCUUGUCUUUGCAUUUCGCUGAGAGCCGGAGCAGGCCGUGGGAGGUUUGGAGCAAAGGGGAGUUAUUGAAAGAGGCCGGAAGUGGUGAGAAGCUGUUAGCAGGCGUUGGGGUGAGGAACCGAAAAAAAGGGAGGAAGGUCUGUGUAGGUCGCUGAAGGGAUUAGGUGAUCAGAAAGAAAGGCGGUGGAAGUAAAGCAGAGCGAGUUGUGACUGGAUUUAAGGGUCAGGAGAAGAGGGUCUGUGCAAGUGGGUAGAGAGGGGAUCGAGGAGAAAGCGGUGGAAGUGGCCGGGAGGCAGCGGAGUGACCGGGGUCGGAGGGGCGCCCGACGUGGCCGGGAGGCAGCGGAGCGGAGCUCGAACCGGAGAGUGUUCGGAACUUGGAAGACUUGGUGGCGAACGAGGGUCAGGAGCCGGAGCCUGCCUCGAGGAGUGGGCGACGCGUCCGGGAUGUGGGAUCAGAGGCUGGUGAGAUUGGCCUUGCUGCAGCAGCUUCGGUCCGUCUACGGCAUUAAGGUCAAGGGCGGCCGUGGGCAGUGCGAUCGCAGGAGACACGACGCAGCGGCCGCGGAUAUAGGGGCUAAAAUAUUCGGAGUACCUUUUAAUGCAUUGCCUCAUUCUGUUGUACCAGAAUAUGGACACAUUCCAAGCUUUCUUGUUGAAGCUUGCACAUCUUUAGAAGAGCAUAUUCAUACUGAGGGGCUUUUUAGGAAAUCAGGAUCUGUUAUUCGUCUAAAAGCACUAAAGAAUAAACUGGAUCAUGGUGAAGGCUGCCUGUCUUCUGCACCUCCUUGUGAUAUUGCGGGGCUUCUUAAGCAGUUUUUUAGGGAAUUGCCAGAGCCUAUUCUUCCAGCUGAUUUGCAUGAAGCACUUUGCAAAGCUCAACAGUUAGGAACCGAAGAGAAGAAUAAAGCUACAUUGUUGCUCUCCUGUCUUAUUGCUGACCACACGGUUCACAUAUUAAGAUACUUCUUUAACUUUCUCAAGAAUGUUUCUCUUAGGUCCAAUGAGAAUAAGAUGGAUAGCAGCAAUCUUGCAGUAAUAUUUGCACCAAAUCUUCUUCAGACAAGUGAAGGACAUGAAAAGAUGUCUGCAAACACAGAGAAAAGGCUGCGAUUACAGGCUGCAGUAGUACAAACUCUUAUUGAUUGUGCAUCUGAUAUUGGACGAGUACCAGAUUUUAUUCUGGAAAAGAUACCAGCUAUGCUGGGUAUUGAUGCUCUCUGUGCGACUCCAUCACUGGAAGGCUUUGAAGAAGGUGAAUUAACUCCUGGUGAAUGUAAGAGAAAGCGAAGACAAAGUGUGGGAGAUUUUGUUAAUGGAGCACUCAGUAAACUUAGGUCUACCAGAACACCCACCUUUACACCUCAACCAGAAAGAAUUACCCAGCUAUCUGGAUCACCAGUGAUUCUUACUCCAAAUGCUAAACGUAAACUGCCAGUAGAUUCUUCUCAUGGUUUCUCAAGUAAAAAAAGGAAGUCCGUCAAGCACAACUUUAACUUUGAGCUGUUGCCAAGUAAUCUCUUCAGUAGCAGUUCUACGCCAGUAUCAGGACACUGUGAUACAAGCCCAGGAGGAUCAUCUCAGAGUUCACUCUCUCCUGUCAGUGGAAACCAUUUGAUCAAUGCAGGUGUGCUAAGGCGAAGUAAAAGGAUUGCGGGCAAAAGUGUUUGCAGGGUGGAAUCAGGAAAAGCAGGCUGUUUCUCUCCUAAAAUCAGUAGAAAAGAAAAGGUUCGAAGAUCUCUUCGUUUGAAAUUUAGUCUGGGGAAAAAUAGCAGAGAUGUAAAUGGUUGUUCUGGUGUCAACAGAUAUGAAAAUGUUGGUCGGCGGCUUGCAAAUCAACAAAAUUUUAAAAAUAAAAUUGAAUCUGUAAAAACAGGUCUGCUUUUUAGCCCAGAUAUUAAUGAAGGAUUACCGAAGAAAGGUUCAAAAAAGAUCAGUAAAUCUGAGGAAAACUUACUAACUCCAGAGCGACUAGAUAGAACAAGUUAUCGGAUGUCUUGGACAGGGCCUAGUAAUUCAAGUUUUCAAGAAAUGGAUGCAAAUGAAGAUUCUCCAAUAGUGGGAAAUCUUGAGGUGGAAAACUCUUCUUUGGAGCCUGAUAUUACAGUUGAGAAGUCACCUGCUAUGUCGUAUGAACUCACUCCUUCCAGUUUACACAAUACACAUAAUAGCAAUGUAACAGGAAGCUCUCUUAGUGGGGAUGAAAAUAAUUUGACCACAGAGACUUUGGUAAAAAUUCAGAGAGCAUUUUCUGAAUCUGGGAGUAAUCUUAAUGUAUUGAUAAAUCACAGGCAGUCAUCGGUAACUAAUGUGGCUAACUUAGAAUCAAAUGAAACAUCUUCUAUAGAAAAUAGCCCAGAGAAAAAUCUAUUUGAAACUAAUGAUUUAACUGUGAGAGAAUCAAAUGAAAAGUGUGAACACUACACUUGUAAAGAUGAAAGUCAUUUUUCAGAAAGAGACUUCUCACCACAUCAAACUCAAAAAUUUGGUACAGAAGCAACUGUAAAGGGUUGCUCAACACAGAUGAAAGUAGAAUAUGAAGAAGAUGUUCCUUCAAAUAUGGCAAAAGAUAACUUAAGCAAAGAACAAUGCACCAGUGAUGAACAAACAGAGAAACAGCAAUCUCCAAGCAAAAACCUAAAUACAAAAUUAACGGAGAAUGAGAAUGUGAUUGAAGAGAAUUUACUGAAAUACACUGCUUCUGGGGAGGAUGAGGCUAAAUCCUCUUCUUCACAGCAGAGUAUGUAUAAUAUAACAAACAUGUCAAAACCUAGGCCUAUGAGAAUUGCUAAGCAGCAGUCACUGGUAGAACCCUGUGAUAAAAUGGUUUCUGGAAGUUUACAAGUGACAGAGCAUGGAAAGGUUUCAGAUCACAUACAGUGGUUUAACAAGCUUUCUUUAAAUGAACCAAGUAGAACAAAAGUGAAGUCACCUCUGAAGUUUCAGCGUACACCUGUCCGUCAGUCUGUCAGAAGAAUUAAUUCUUUACUGGAAUAUAGCAGAGAACCUGUCCGACGUAAGUUGGCAAGUCAACUUGGUGAUGCAGCUUCUCCUCUGGUGAAAUCAGUGAGCUGUGACGGUGCUCUUUCCUCUUGUGUAAAAAGUACAGCAAAAGAUUCUUCUACUUCAUGUGCCAAAUCAGGUUCUAAGGAACAGAAGUCUACAUCUUGUGAAUUGUCAAAUGAUACAAUUUCAAAAUCAGGUGUAAAAUUAACAUCUCAGUCUUUCUCAAAAACAAAGAGGCACCCAGAUUCCAUGAAUCCUAAUCUUGGAUCUACCCGAGUUUGUAAACAGGGGGUGGUAUCUGAUUGCCAAAUUAAAAUUCCCUUGGAUGACCUGACUAAUCAUGAUAAUUUAAAGUCUGUUGUAAAUAUAGGCUUUUCUGCUGGGAAAAAUAGCAGGGUCCUUAGGAAGCCAUCAGAAAGAGAAAGGGUCUGGUACAAAGGUUCCCCCAAAAAUCCUAUUGGAAAAGCUCAACUACUACCAACAAGCAAACCUGUAGACUUGUAAUUAGUAAAUGUUAUACUUGUCAUUAGUGUAAAUAAAAUUAGAAAUUGAUGUGAGUUACAGGAUGUUAGUUUGUGACUUGGGAUGAAUGUUAAGCAAUAGAUUUUCUCUGAACUAUUUUUAAUUUUACUGCACAAAGAACUUGGAAGUUCAUACUUGUACAAAUAACUUUUUUCUUAAUUGUGGCAGUAUUUAACCUUUUAAGUUUUAUCAUGAUCUCUUAAAGCAGAGGUUACUCUACAUUUUUAAAGAAGUUACCUGGAUUUGUAAGAAAUUAGUUUUUGAAAAUUACAUGUUUUUUUUUUUAAAUUUGUGAUAGGAAGAAUGGAGCAAGUUCUGCCUGUUUCCUGUAUUUCUCCAAGUCAAAUAAGUUUUCUGCAGAAAAUUUCUACUUUGAAAAGGGAAAAAAUAAGCCCUGCAAAUAUUAUGUCUUAAAUUGGAUUAUUGUGUUUAUUGUCUUUACCAAAAUCACUAUAAAUUAAUUUGCUUCAAAGCUUCCCAGUACUUUAUUAUUUGGGGUAGAGUAAUUUGAUUGAUAUUGCCUACAGAUGUAUAAUGUGUUCAGUGAAAUUAAGAAUAAUGGCUAAGGCAGAGUAAUGACUCAAGUGUGCUUAUAGGUUAUGAUACAGAAGUAAUUGAUGAUUUUCAAGCCAUACUUUGUUUUUAAAGGUAAUUUGCACAAAUACACUUGUACCUGUUUAGUCCAACAUAAAAAUGGAUUAUUUAAGGAGGAAUAAUUAAACUUGAAAAUAUUUAAUAAAGGUGAUUUUUUUUUA